AUGGAAAAACAACAACCCUCCUCCGAGGUCAUCAAACCAGACCUAGGAAUACUCAAAAUUGGGUCGACGUCUGCUGCUCGUGAUGUGGACUUUGGGCAGGUAAUGGAGGUGGGAACAACUCCAGCAAUGGAAAAGAAGGUCUUAAGGAAGCUGGACUUCUUCUUGAUCCCUCUUAUGGGCGGUUGUUAUAUGUUACAAUACAUCGACAAGCUGGCAAUCAGCCAGGCAACCCUUUUCAAUCUCCGGCAGGAUUUGCAUCUGAAAGGCAAUGAGUACAAUUGGGCAUCGGCCAUCUUUUACUUUGGUUAUUUUGCAUGGAGUUGGCCGAGUUCAUAUUUGGUUGUGAGACUCCCUUUGGGCAAAUAUCUAAGCGUCGCUGUAUUUAUUUGGGGAGGCUGCCUGAUGGUACAUGCCGCCUGCACAAACUGGGGUGGGUUGAUGGCCGCUAGAUUCUUUCUAGGCGUCGGAGAGGCAUCAAUUGCUCCUGGCUUUGCACUGAUAACGGGAAUGUUUUAUACCAGAGCGGAACAGCCAGCACGCCAGGCAGCGUGGUUUGUCGGUAAUUCGGUUGCUGUCCUGCUUGGUGGGCUGAUUGCCUACGGCAUUGGCAAUAUCCACAUCACGGCCCUUGCCCAGUGGCAACUGUUGUUCCUGGUUCUAGGUACCGUCACAUCAGCCUAUGGAGUCCUCUUGUUCUUUACCCUUCCCGACUCACCCACGAAGGCUGUCUUUCUCAAACCAAACGAGCGGGCCAUUGCGGUCCAAAGAACCUUGAAGAACAAAACGGGAGUUUUGGAUACCGGAAAAUUCAAAUGGGGCCAAGUUUGGAUGGCGAUCAAAGACCUACAAACGUGGUUUUUGGUGCUUUAUACGCUAUGUGUCAACUUUUGUAACGGCGGCCUUACUAGCUUCUCUGCCAUUAUCAUCACCGGCUUCGGCUUCCCCCAUCUUGAGGCACUUCUCAUUCAAAUGCCUAUCGGUGGCGCUCAACUAGUCUUCCUUCUCCUUACUUCGGGAUUCGCUUCGCUCGUUCCAAAGUCCCGCAUCCCGAUGAUGAUCGUCAAUACAGCGGUAUCCAUGGUGGGAAUGCUCUUAAUUUGGAAGAUAAACGAUGAUAAUCGGGCAGGCAAGAUGACCGGUCUCUGCCUUGGUGGUGUUUUUGCUGCCAAUAUUCCUCUGUCCCUCAGUUUGAUCACUUCGAACGUCGCCGGGUUUACCAAAAAGAGCACUGUAAGCGCCCUCAUGUUCGCAGCAUACUGCAUUGGGAAUAUUGUUGGGCCUCAGUUUUUUAUUCCUUCGGAAGAACCUUCAUAUUUGACCGGUAUUAAAGCGUCGAUGGCAGGGUUGGCUUUCGGCAUAUUCUUCUUGGUUUGUCUUUAUAUAUUUUACGUCUGGGAAAACCGCAGAAGGGACAGGCUGUACGGUUCUCCUAUGGAGAUGACUGAGACCGAAGAGCUGCAAGACGAGUUAUCUAACAAGACUGACCACGAGAUUGAAAGUUUCCGAUAUGUACUUUGA